AGUGUGAUUUGGGAGAAAUGAUCAGUCACAUACAACACGGGGCCAAGAUCAAAACUCUCUCGCCUCAGGUCCCGUCUGCAGAAAGACCUGUUGGAAGUACUGCCGUGUGCGAACCAUUGAGGCAGGAUGGCAGCCGUGCACCUCAGCAAUGAAGUGUUCAUGUCUGAGCUGACACUAAUGUUUCACAAUGCUCGGACAAGUGGAGAAGUGGUCACAACCAUAAAGAGAUAUGAUGGACGAACUCGUCCUCAUCCCAAGCCAAGAAGGCUGAAAAAUGGAAAGAUGUCAAAGGUUACUCCUCUUCCUGAGCCUGAUGAGUACAGCUGUUUAGUGCGAGCCAAGUCAAAAAACAAGAAAAUAAGUACAGUGGUUUCUGCAGCAGAUGCAAUGAAAUUCCAGCUCCAAUUUGCUCAGUUCCUUCGUUCUAAUAUGGAUGGACUUAAAAAGGAGAAGAAAACAAAGAAAAAAGUAAAAAAGGCAACUCAGUAGCCUUAUGUGAUUACAGUUAAGAUUGUGUGCAAGAUGACAACUCAUCAGGUUGGUGAUGGCACCGUAAAGGGCUUGGGUUUGUCGGCAUCGCAUCAUUUGUCAAGCUUGUGGGACAUUAUGGUUAUAAGACAUUUCAGGAGAAAUGUUUGUGGAUCAUGAAAUGUGUAUGGUUAUAAAACAUUUCAGGAGAAAUGUUUGUGGAUCAUGAAAUGUGAAUAGAUAAACCAUUGCUGUAAGAAGCAAUAGGUGAACAUUGGAUAUUCAUGACUAAGUGUAUUAUGAAUGUUUAGAUCAAAAUGAUGUGCUCUGUACUGGUCUUACUCAUCUGUCCUGAUUAUAAUCUGCCAGAGGUCAUUCCUGCAUACCAGAAUUUCAUAUUUAUAAUGUAAGAAAUGUGACUUUGUGGCAUUUUUCAGACAACAGCAACAAUAAUAAUAAAUAUUGCCAAGAAUCUUGGUGCAGAGUUUUCAAAAAUUAUCUUUAUAAUGAUCAUAAACCAAGGCUGUCUCCUCAAAAAAAAAAGCAGGUAGCCUAGACAAAGCACAGAACUUUCAUAUUCAUACUUGCACCACUCUUUUAGCCCCUUGGCCCCUGAAGGAGAAGACUGGUAUUCCUGUGUUCAUUGUAAUAUAGAGGAAACGUAAGAAAAAAAAAAUAAUCAUGUCGUGCUGUGUUUCUGUAAAGUGUAACUGAAUCAGUCGAGUGGUUGUUUAUAAAACCUCGUACAUUUUGCUUUAAAGAUUAUCUGAGAAAAUAUAAAGGUUUGUACAUUUGCUUUAAAGUUUAUCUGAUUAAGUAUAUUUUUACACUGAUAUGCUAUGUGACUAAAAAUUACCACUUCAGUAGAAUGUAAUUUCAUUGCUAAAAUAUUAUUGUAAUACAGUAAAUUAAUUUUCACUGUAAAAACAAGUGCAGAAGCUUAAUUAUCUUCAAAAAUGUGUGUGCACUUGAAAGAUUUAAGUUAUGAGCAUCAUAAAUUUCCACUUUAAUAUACUCAUAUUUUGGUAUAUUUUUAAGGCUAAUUUUCAUAAAGAAUAAAAUGCAUUGUUAAAAAAAAAAAAUAUUUGGGAAUAAAAAUGGCACCAGUGUAAGAUCUUGAGGUAUGCCUUGUUUUGCUUCACUGUUUAUCUGUAUUCUUUAAGUGCUCAACCUCUUCUCACUUCAUGCACGACAAAAUAUGUGAAUGAUAAUUAAGGAUAUUUUUUACAAGAUAUGAUGUAAAGGUUUCUGAUAAAUUAUUAUUUUUUUUUUCCACAGUGACUUUUAUCAGAUUUAGUCCUUGAAGACUGAUAACAGAAGAAAUGUAUUUGAUUAAUAUAUUUCCCUUAUAAGUUUGUUAUUAUUUUUUAAGUUUCUGUGAAAUUAUACAGUUUGGGUAAUAUGUUGUUGAAAGAAUUAACAAUUAAUCUGAAGAUACCACAUGGUCACACUGAGUGACAUUUGUGUUUAUCAUACACAUAAAAAAAAGAUGCCAUAACUUCUCAAGAAAAUCACUUAUUAUUAUCAGACACUAAACAUUUGCCAUCACUUUAAGGAAGCAAGAUUAUAUUUGUGGCACAAUUCUUAUUUGAGGGAUGUAGUUAUUUGUUCAUAAAUUCAUCUGAUUCAAUAAGUACCAUGUCUUCAUGUCAUCUGCAUAGGCUCAGGUUGUCUACUUAAGUUUUAAGUAGGAUGUUAAGCUGCUAUAAAAGUUUCCUGGAUUGUGUAUGAAGCCCAUUCAGGUUGCAGCUUUCACACUUCAUGCCUCAGGACUACAGACAUUUUUGAUGCAGAUGCAAUUCUGGAAUGACUGUAAAAGGUUUCCCUGCCCUGGGUGCCAUACUUGGAAUGUCUCAUUUUUCAUGUUUGGUUGUCAAUAUUCUUAAUAAAUCACCAAAAGACACAAAA